AUAGCUCGAGUUCUGCGAGUCUUAAAUCAUUCGACAAAGAGUAAUUGAAUUGAAACCAUAAUUAAGCAAGCAAAAUGAAGCUUUUUCUGAGUUUGGGUCUCCUGUUGGCGUGUGGGUCCUUUUCCAACGCUCAAUGGAACGCGAUCAGUGGGUACGCCACGCUCAAUGGCGGAACCACAGGCGGUCAAGGCGGAGAAACGGUUUACGUAUCCACGGAAGCCGAGCUGGUCGCCGCAGUUACCGGAAACGACCCCCGAAUUGUUAAGAUCACUUCUCUAAUCACACUUUCCGACGUGGUCCGACCUGGUUCCAACAAGACGAUUCUUGGUGCCAGCCCAGGCGCUGGAGUGACCGGAUCUGGAUUCUACAUCCGUCGCGUACAAAAUGUUAUUGUCCGCGGACUCCAAAUCUCCUAUUCGAUUGCCCCCGAUGAUGGCGUCUCCAUCGAUGAAGCCACCAACGUUUGGGUCGACCACAACGAAUUCUUCGCCGACCGAGAACACGGCAAAGAUUACUAUGAUGGACAACUUGAUAUCAAGCACGCCGCUGAUUGGGUCACUGUUUCUUGGAACAAGUUCCACGAUUCGUACAAAACAAGUUUGGUCGGACAUUCGGAUAGUAAUGCGGGUGAAGAUACGGGAAAGCUCCACAUUACUUACAACAACAAUUGGUUCACCGAUGUUGGCUCUCGCCUUCCAUCGCUUCGUUUCGGCACGGGCCAUAUUUACAACAAUCUGUACGAAAGGGUGGAUACUUCCGGAAUUAAUAGUCGCAUGGGGGCUCAAGUCUUGGUGGAGAGGAACAUCUUUAUCGACGUUAAGACCCCGUUGACCACGGAUUUGGACUCAAGUCAAGAAGGUUUCGCUGUCGAGAGGGAGAACGAUUGGGGGGAUUCGGAGCCAAAUAUUACACAAGAAGGUUCGUUCACCAAUCCUCCGUAUUCAUAUGAGAUGGAGGAAUUGGCACAAGUUGCUGCCGUGGUUAGAGCCGGUGCAGGAAAUACGAUCAGUUUUCCAUAAUAGCUUGGACAGUUUCGCUAAAUUCAGACGAUUUUUUUGGAAAUUUGAACUAUGUAUUAUUCGAUCAAUUAAUAAAAUUAUAAAUUC